AUGCCACGACCGGUACGAUCUCGAGUCGCGCCGGCAGCACCGAAAGGGAAUGCUGCCGGCGCAGCUCCGGCUGCUGAACCCGAACCAGCCAAGAAAGCUGCGGCAAGUCAGGUUACUCAAGUCGAAGCAGUAAGCGACACGAGCAGUGACAUCUAUGGACUCAGCGACCGCGAAAUCGAGCGCCAAGCAAUCCGGCGCGCCUCUGGCGGUACCGCCCAUGCGAAACCCCAACAGGCAAAAGCUCUUGAAGAAUCCAGAACCCGACGCGAUGCUGCAAUGAAUGUUCUGGACGAUCUCAGUUCGACCUCGCCAUUGGAGGGGCCUUCGACUGCUAGGAAAGCCAGUUCCACUACCGUGCGCGCUAGUCGCCGGAGCUCCAGCAGGCUACGGAGGAGCGCGCCUGAUGCUUCAGGGCUGGAAGUCAUGGAUGAUUCAGAGCUUUUCGGCGGAAACUUUGACGAUUUGGAUAUGGAUAUCAGCUUAGGCGAGGAUUCUGUGCUGGCUGGUGGUCAGCGGUCGACCGACACGUCUUCGUUCAAUGUGGGGCUUUUCAGACGAGGUCGUCCGCGUCAAUCGAGCAUUGUUGGCCGGGACGACGCACCUAUUCGCCCCAGUAGCCGGGGUCCAAACACGCCCAGUAUCAGUACGACCUUCAACAUUGGGACCUUCAAGCGGCGGGCCAGGGAGCAGAGUAUUCUAGGGAGUAGGCGGAAGGCUCGGCAAGAGCCAGACGAGACGGAGCCACCAGCCGACGAGGAGCGACCGGGGGACAGCGAUAUUGGCUCGGAUGAGGAGGUAAUUCCAGAAAGUGUCAUUGGGUCCCCUAGUCGCAGGAGGACUCGCGGCUCCGAUAUAAGGGAUAGAGAGCCAUCGCUACCUGCUGUGGAUACCAGUCCCGAAGAGGGAUCUUCGCGAAAGAGAAAAUCAACAGAGGGCCAGGACGGCUCAUCCAAGCGGCCUGCGCGGGAGUCCAUCGAUGUUCCGCAAGAUUCGAUCGAGAGCGACUCGGAGCUCAGCUUGCCACCUCUUGAUGAUACACCAUCCACUCCAGGCCAUGACACAGCACGACGCGCAGUUGUGGAUGAAGACGAUGACAUACUAGCACCGCCAGCUAGCAGCAGCUCAUCAGAUGCCAGCCCGAUCAGCUGGCCGUCUCUACGAAAUCUUCCUCGCAAUAGACAUCGCCGAGCGCUGUCGGAUUCUCGUAAAACACCCGCUCCUGCCCACGGUGAAGAUGUGCUGUCGGACAUGUCAUCUCCGCCAUCGCUGACGCACUCGCCCAAUUACGCCGCGGCCAAAACCAAAAAUACCCGUGGGGCAGCCACCGCAAAAAAUGCCCGCAAGGCCUCGCCGAAGCUUACUACCGCCGAGCUCACGGCAAUGCUGCCCAAGAGGAGGCAAAGAACCGCCCGAGAUGACCAGUCCGACGGGGAGUUCGACUCUACAACAGUGGCGAAUGAGGCAGACGAGCUGUCCUACGUUGAGGGGUCCAGGGCACGGCGCGCGAGAAGACCUGCGGGGCCUUUGGCCGGGCCCAAUGCCCCCGUCGCCCGGGCGCAGGCGACCAAAGGCCACAAAAGGCGUGCUCGGAGGACAUAUGGCUCCCGUGCCACCGCGGGCUCCGACAAGGAAAACCAAGAUGGAGAAGGUGAAGGUGACACAAUACAAGUUGCAGCCGAUGAAGAGUACUGUUCAGAAGACGCAUUGGCGGAUGAUACCUUGGAUGCGACAGAAGGCCAUGUCGAGCUUCCUGGCAAACUGAGCGAGGAGCUCCAGCAGGCGGCGCAAAAGUUCAAAGAGGUUGAUCGGUGGGAAAUGGAAUUCGAAGAGGUCACGGAAUCGUCAUCACCCGAAGCUGCAGCUGCUCGGUGA